UGUGCAUGGACUGUUGACCCCCACUCCCUGUGUCCUAAUGUAUGAAGCUUUCUGCCUUCAACUAUUGGACUUGGUGAAAACAAGAAUGUGGUCAGAGUGAUGGGAAGUCUCUCCUGAGAUCAGAUUCUCAAGACUGUGCCUCCCGUCUUGCUCUCACGCUCUCGCUGGGCCUUCCUGGCUUGCUCACUUGGAUGAAGCGAGCAGCCCUGGAGGGAGCUGUCCUGUGGAGAGGCCCAUGUGGCACCUGAGUCCUGCCAGCACCCAUGGGAGUGAGCUUGGACACUGACCUCUCUCUAGUCAGCCACGAAGUGACUGCAGCCCUGGCUGAUACCUUAAGUGAGAGACCCAGAAUCACCCAGCGAGGCCACACACAGAUUCCUCACCCACAGAAGCUGUGAGAUGCUUUCUGAGCACAUGCAGAGGCCGGGGGCAUCCAUGAGCCUGAGGGAGAGUUAGGUGUGCCGUCAGCUAUGAGGUCUGAGCUGAGAGAGAGUACUGGAGUAAGGAGGCAGCAAAGGCAUGGGGAACCAAGAAAGGAGAGAAGGAAGGAAGGGACCCAGGAGAGCUGACUGAGAGCCCAGGAGGCUGGCUGAGAGGCAGUGGGGCAGCCCCUCCUCCCCCGGAGAUGCUGGCGUGUCCUCCAGCCCUGACCUGGCCCGGCACCAUCGCACCCACCUGCUGUGUCGCUGCCCAGAACGUGCGCUGCAGGAACUCCAGCCUCAUUUGGACGCCCACCGCUGCAAGGAAGUGGGAAGAGGGCAGCAAGACCAUGUGUUUUUGGGGAGAGGGUGGUGGGAGGGAAGAGACAAUGAGAGAGAAAAAUAGAUUCAAGUUAGAGAGAGGAGGUGCAUCAGCAGGAACUGAGGGGAGAGAGAGCACCCGGGCAGAGAGCGGAUGGGGAGCUGAGUCAGACGGCAGCCUGUGAACUGAGGUUCCGGGAGGGGGAGACUGAUGGCUUCUGUCUCUCCACAGCAAACAGCACCAGGAAAUGCCCCAAGAGGAAGGUAAGGCCCAGGUUCCAGAGAACAGUGAGGACGCCAUAUCCUCGGAUGUCGGGACGUCAAGGCAGGUGCCCUGGGGAGACCAUUCUCCCCUGUCCCACAGAAGGAAAACAGAGGCGGAGAGGCAGAGACAUUUGUUCAAGGUCGCAUGACCCAAGCGGUGGCUGAGACUGGAACUUAGGCCACUGCAGGCUGGGCCACUCAUGGGGCUUCCUAGAUGUUAAGCCUGACAUAACAACCUCUCUUGCACCCAAUUCCUGCUCAAGGUCUCCCCUACUUUGUAAGAAGGCUCUUUCCUUCCUGAAAGUCACGAUCAGAUUUACCCACGUUUGCAGGUAAGUUCCAGAAAACUAGAGACGCUACCAGCCCACAAAAACUACUCUUUUGAUGACGCCACUUACAAGGGCCACCCAUGCUUCUUUGGUUCCCAAAUAGGCUUGGAGAACCCAAGAUGGUGCUCACAUGCUAAGAGAAAUCUGGAGCUAAAGAAUAGAAAGAAAAGGCAGGUUAUAUUGAAAAGAAAAAGCAUGAAAAUACCAGGCUGACGUCCUACUGUCUGGUGUAAUAAUGUCGCAAAGGUGUUGAGUGCCAGGCACCCUUACAUCCAUGAGCUUAUUGCAUCCUCACAGCAGAUGGGCUCUGUUACUUUAUUCGGACGUCACGGCUGAGGAAAUGAGGCCUCACAGAGAUUACAUGUCUGGCCGAAGUCCUCUAGCCCCUAACUACAGAACCAGGACGCACAGGGUCUGUCUCUAAGGCUCUUCACCUCUCUGUUCUCUAGGCCUGAAGGAAGGAGCCGAGAGGCAUGGACAGCACUUCCCUCUGGGGCUUCUGUUCCCUCCUCUGGAAAGUGGAGAUGGAUCUGGGUCCCUAGCCACUAUGCCACGUUCAUGAGACAUUCAACCGUCACCUCAGUGACCAUCCAUUGGAGAGAUUUUCCCUCACAAUCAUUCUGACUUCCUGAGAUGCAACUGGUUCUUCUAAAAGAGACUAGAGUUCCAGUCUGGCACAGAGACACGGAAUUAGAGGCUGCAGGUGGCCCUCCAGUCUCUCCCCCUUACUCUUCCUUUUAAAACCACCCUCGAGGGCCCGGCCCCCUGGCCGAGUGGUUAAGUUUGUGCGCUCUGCUUCUGCGGCCCAGGGUUUCGCUGGUUCGGAUCCCGGGCACGAACGGCUCAUCAGGCUGCGCUGAGGUGGCAUCCCACAUGCCACAACUAGAGGGACCCACAACUAAAAUAUACAAGAUUCGAGACCUGGCUGUACUCGCUUCUCCCAUACGGAGCCCUGCCCUCCUACAGAUGCUCGACUUGAGAGCCUAGAGAUUCAGCUGUGCUCUGAUUCCCUCGAAGACCUAGGAGGGAAUCCACUAAGAAACGGGGAACCUAGACACAAAGAGAGCCCAGCCUUCACUCCUGGGACACCCGCCGGGGCUGCCCUCGGAUCCCCAUUCGCCGGCUAUUGUCAGAGCCUCGCUGGACCUCCAGCUGUGGGGAGCAUGAGGCUGGCCGCACCCCCUACAGCACCUCCUGUAAGCCUGUGUGCGCAGGAGAUGGUACCUCACGCUACCAUGUGUGCUGACAGGCUCAGAACUCGGGAGGAAGAGAAAUCCAUCAAAGGGGCCCCAGGAAUGUGAGGCCCCUGGCCUCUCGGGCUUUUCCUCUGGGGGUUAUCAAGAGACCUCCCCCUCAUGUCUGUGCAUGGUGGGUCCUUGUUUUAGAUCCUGGCCUUGGUCCCCAGGGGACUUGCCACAAUCUGAUGGAGGAGGAGAAAUCUCAGAUCCCCUUCCUCCUGUUGGCCCCCUCCCUCUCACCCAGCCUCCCUCCGCUGGGCUUCCUCCUGCCCUCCCUCUCUCACCUGCCUCUCCACAAUGACCUUCCUCCAAAGCAGGGUUUCUUUAAGAUCUCCUCGGCUGGCAGACAACCUAACAAAGAGCCUCAAUAAGGCCACAGGAGGCAGACGGCUCAUCAAGAUGUACCUCUCUGCUCUGCGUCCCGGCUGUCACCUCCGUGCUGCUUUGUCGUCCCAGACAGCAAAACAAAACAGCUGUGCAUGCACACUCACAUGCACACACACAGAGAAAUGGUCCCUGUAGGGGGCCACGCUCCCAAGGGCUCAGAAACUCCAGCUUUUACUCCCCAGCUCUCAUCUGUACGUUGUCCUUCCUCCUUCUCCACCUUGACACGCAGCCUGGACACCGUGUGUUUAACUGGACGCAGAGCUGCCAGGCUAGGAGGGCCGUCUUUCAUUACAAAGGCCAGGGGACUGGUGGGUGCUUAGGGAACGGCUGGGUCACAGGGCGCCAGUGACGGAAGGGGCCCUGAUCUCCAUCAUUCCACCUCCUCAUCUACAGGACAGCAACCCAAGGCCGGGGCCGUUGAGUUAAUUAACUAGCUGGCAGCUAGUUAAUGAGCAACGGAGUCCAGAAUCUGGGUGCCCUGAUGCCUAGGCUUGGGCUCUUUCUGCCCUUCCCGUCCUCACUCAGCUGACAAGCAGGCACUGGGGUGUGGGGAGGCAGGGCCCUCUUCCGGGACAGCUUGCCGUAUAGGAAAGGAGGGGAACCAUACCACCGAGAGCUGCCAUACACGUUCUGUGAUAAGAACCACAAGAGUGGCCCCCAAAAGGGCCAUAGAUCAGAAAAGGAGACGGUCAAGUCCAUGGCCUAGCCAGGGAAACUGCAUAAAGGAGGGGGCUUUCUGGUUGAGUUUUAAGCAGGGGGACACUACCCAUGGGUGAGGAGAGUGCUCCGGACUCAGGGAAGGGCCUGCUUUCCUGGAGCUGGGGAAGCAGAAGUGUGUUUAGGGGCAGCUGAGCACUGAGCUUGAAGGGUAGGAUGCAAGUGGCAUCUGUGUAGGGUGAGAGGCAGGGAGUUCCCGGGAGGUAAGAUGCUCUCUCCUCCUGGGACAGCAGACCAAGCCCUCCGCUGCUGUGUCGCCCAGCAGAGCAGACAGAAAGGAGGGUGUAGGAGCAUCCUGCCAGGGAAGUCCUGAGUCAAGGGGGUUUCUCAGUCCACACCCCGGGUCCUGACGAUGAAUCCCCUGAGGUAAGCAGACGAAAUGGAAGAGGGACACUGGGGUACCCGUGACAUACUGCCAACACGCCACGCCUUCUGUUUGUCAGGCAGGUUUUAAGAGAUGCAAGGAAGGGUCAUUUAGGGGUCAGUGCUCCAGGCCGGGGCUCCUCCUCUGCCUCAGUCCUGGCUUCCUUGUCUUCGGAUCAGAUACUGGCCAACUCUUGGAAUAUCAAUUUCUCCAGCUACUUUGUCCUGACUCGUUAGUAAAGAGGCCUCUGAGCUCUUGAAUACCAGUCUCUUCCCUUUGCAUUCCACCCCCCCCCCCAUAUAGAUAAGAGCAAGGAGCUCCAGAAGCCGAGCCUGGUGAGGUGGGGGUUCCUCCAGGGCUCCCCCCAGGGCACUACAGACAACCCGUCAACCAGCUCCAGCAGGCCCCCAGGUGCCCAGCCUGCGCAGCCUGGCAUUUCGCUCCCCUAAAUAGCCCUGGUCUGGGGUCACUGAGCCUCAGUGACCUCUGCGUGACCAUGUGACAGUAGCUGUGUGUGGCUCAGGGCCCCUUUCUGGAGGACUGCCAGGCAGAUGGGCCCCCUCUACACCCUUCCAAUUACCCUCUUGGGAAUAAAUCCCUCUGACAAAGGGCAGGCUCAGUUUUCCCUCCUCCACAGGCAGGACAGGAGAUGCUGCCCCAUGUAUCUCUGAAAGGAGACAGACCCAGCUUCCCAGGGGCCCUCUCUGCCCUCUGGGUCCUGCCCCUCUUUUCCCAAAGGGAAGGGGACACGCGGGAGAGAGACAGAGGAGGGGCCACAGCAGGGCAGGGGGAGCUGGGGGAGCUGGGGAAGGAAGACGGAGGUGCCUGUAACACGGCUUCCCUCCCUGGAGUUGGAGGCGAUUAAGCCACAGGCGCCUUUUUCCACCGGAAUGUGAGCAUUUCAAGGGUGACGCUGCCCUCCAGGCCGGCCGCGAGCGCGCUGGUGUGUGUGCCUGUGUGCGCGCCUCCGCCUGCGUGCGCUACUGUCGCUGUCAUCACAGAUGUACCCCCAGCUGUCGCUCCACUGCUCCGUCUCUUUGCUCGCGCACACGCGCGCUCUCUCCUCCUUUCCCCUUUAUCCCCUCUCCUAUCUGUCUCCCUCUGUCCCUCCCUCUUUCCUUCUCAGUUUGUUAUUGACCCAGCAGCCCCGUCCCCUGGCAGCGCGGCAGCGGCAGGCAUUCCAUCUCCCCGUGCUGUAUGCUGCAUGCCAGCUCCCUGCUCCCAGUGGACCGGGGGUCUCAGUGCCCACUGCACUCUGCUUGGCAGUGCUGUCUGGAUUGCUCCAGGAAUCCCAGGAGGGGCUCACUGGACGGUUCAGAGCUACUUGAUUUAAGGAGCUUGCGGUCAGGGCGAAGAAAGGUGCCAUUGCUGGGUGACAGUCACCAGGGAGUGGAUGAGCAGCUGGCUCAGAAGACUGCAACCCCUUCCCUGACCUUCCGUGUGACCUUGGCAAGUUGGUCUUUGUCUCUGUGCCUUGGGUAGCUGCUGACCUGCCUAAAUCUGUCUGCUGCAGCAUGAACCCCUUGAGCUGAUGAGUCUUAUGAACCGGAGGGCCGAAGUCGGAGCCUUGCAACUCACCUCUCAGGAGAAGGUGGAGGGGAAGCAGGGAGCCACCCAGCAGCGAGAGCGGGGCCUGGGCCUCGCACCCCACUGGCCAGCGGACUCUGCGGAGGGCCUGGUCUCUGCCGCCUCGGGGGCCAUGGACUGACAGGUAGCACAUACCAAGGGGCUCCUCUCUCCCGAGAGGUGCAGGCCGUGAGAGCCGUGGCAUUCACCAUGCUGGCCCCGGGCAGUGGCCCCGAGCAGAAGACCAGGCUGGCCGUGCAGUGGAGGCACAUCUCCUGGAUCACCUGCUGGGUCACCCUGUAUGCUGUGGAGGCCCUCCCUGCCUGCCCUUUCUCCUGUAAAUGUGACAGCCGCAGCCUGGAGGUAGAUUGUAGUGGGCUAGGCCUCACCAUGGUGCCCCCGGACUUGCCUGCUGCCACCCGAACCCUCUUGCUCUUGAACAACAAGCUGAGUGUCCUGCCAAGCUGGGCGUUCGCUAAUCUAUCCAGCCUGCAGCGGCUGGACCUAUCCAACAACUUCCUGGACCAGCUGCCCAGCUCCAUUUUCGGGGACCUGACAAAUCUGACGGAGCUGCAGCUGCGCAAUAACAGCAUCAGGACCCUGGACAGGGACCUGCUGCAGCACUGCCCCCGGCUCCGCCACCUGGACCUGUCCAUCAACGGCCUGGCCCAGCUGCCCCCUGGCCUCUUCGAUGGGCUCCCGGCGCUGCGCUCCUUAUCACUUCGCUCCAACCGCCUGCAGAACCUGGACCGGCUGACAUUUGAACCCCUAGUGAGCCUGCAGCUGCUGCAGGUUGGGGACAACCCCUGGGAGUGUGACUGUAGCCUGCGUGAUUUCAAGCACUGGAUGGAGUGGUUCUCCUACCGAGGGGGGCGCCUGGACCAGCUUGCCUGCACCCUACCCAAGGAGCUAAGGGGGAAGGACAUGCGGGUCGUCCCCAUGGAGAUGUUCAACUACUGCUCCCAGUUGGAGGAUGAGAAUAGCUCAGCUGGGCUGGAUAUCCCUGGGCCACCCUGCACCAAGGCUAGCCCAGAACCUGCUAAGCCCAAGCCAGGGGCCGAGCCCGAGCCCGAGCCCAGCACAGCCUGCCCCCAGAAGCAGAGGUACCGGCCAGUGAGCGUGCGGCGGGCCAUCGGCACGGUAAUCAUCGCAGGGGUCGUCUGCGGCAUCGUCUGCAUCAUGAUGGUGGUGGCUGCUGCCUAUGGCUGCAUCUACGCCUCUCUCAUGGCCAAGUACCACCGGGAGCUCAAAAAGCGCCAGCCCCUGAUGGGGGACCCAGAGGGAGAGCACGAAGACCAGAAGCAGAUCUCUUCUGUGGCGUGAGAGCCCAGCCCCACCUGGCGCAGGGACGCAGCCCGAGGCCUUGAAGCUGCAGCAUGGGCGGAUGGCAGCCUCCUGAGAACCCAGCCACCUACCACUGGGCGUUUCUUCCAUGCUGCCUGAGGACAUCGUCACUGCCAAGCCCCGUGGGGACAACCACCAGUUUCACUCCUAUAACCUGCAACCCAAGAACCGUUGCUCUGUACCUCUCACCCCUCCAUCUUCAGCAUUUCCGGGCCUGUGACCCCGGGGCGGGGACUGGGUCAUGCUCUGUGGUUGGUGGCAUCUUGGGAAUGCAGGUGGCCCUCACUGAAGCUCACUGCCUGCCAACAUAUCCCCAACAGACCCUGGGAACAGGGAAAGGAUGCCGCAUUCUGCUCCGAGCCUUCAGUAAUGGGGGGCCCUUUCCCAAGGUUUUGUCUGCUCAGUCUGGCUUCCCAGGUUUUCUAAUUGCACCUGGACUAGGGGCCAAACCAGACAGGGCCAGAGGUCCUGUCUGCUCUUUCCCUGUAACCUACACCAAAGGGACGGAGAGACCUGCGUGCAGGGCUGCACAAGGCGGCGGCUGAGAAGAGGGCUGAGCAAGCCUUCGGGGUCCCUAGUCUCCUUCUCUAGGGCUGCCCUCCUCGUGAGUCUGAUCUCGGGUGACACGAAGUCUUCCUCCGCUGGACACGGGUUUUCCCGUGGCUUACAGAGGGUCAGGAGGCAUCAGGCUGGUUUCUGGCUCUAAGUCAGGGGGCACAGGGGGCUUAGGAAGAGGCCACCAGAACACUGAGGCCAAGAGUCUGAGGGAAGGACAGAGCAGGACAGGGCAGGCCCAGCUCGCCUCGCAGCCCUCGACCCUUCCACCUCACAGAGGAGCACGUGGCUGAGGGCGUGAGGCGGGAGGGGGCAGACAGAGGGAGCCCCGGCACAGGCUGCUGAACCUGCCUCCCGAGGCGGGGCACAGUCUGCCUCUGUCGGCUUGCCGGCUGAUACCAGACCCAGGGAUUUCUUAAAGGGAAUGGGGACGGGGUGGGUGUUGUCAAUGGUGGUGUCUUCAGCCUGAGACAGAAGAUUUUUAAAGGCAAAAUUAUAUUUCU